CCUCUGUAGCCCACGUCCAUUCGGUUUCUGUAAACUGCCUAUAGGCUGUCUGCUAUAGUACAACAUGUUCCAGCUCUCCACCGGAUCUUGCGAAGAGCAUAGACAGGAAACCCCAUAGAAUCCACGUAGCCAAAGAUUAUCCACUGAAUCUCCCUGUUCAAGCCCGACGCAUGUUGCUUGGAGGACGGGCACUUUAUAAAACACCACCCGCCGAAUUGGAAACAUGCCCCUGCGUCUGGACAUCAAGCGGAAGCUGACCUCUCGGUCAGACCGUGUGAAGAGUGUUGACCUGCACCCAACAGAACCAUGGAUGGUGGCCAGCCUCUACAAUGGCAGUGUGUGUGUGUGGAACCACGAGACCCAGACCCUGGUGAAGACCUUCGAGGUGUGUGACCUGCCCGUGAGAGUGGCCAAGUUCGUGGCUCGCAAACACUGGGUCAUUGCUGGAGCUGAUGACAUGCAGAUCAGAGUGUUCAACUACAACACGCUGGAGAGAAGCCACAUGUUCGAGGCCCACUCGGACUACAUCCGUUGUAUAGCAGUCCACCCUACACAGCCUUACAUCCUCACCAGCAGUGACGACAUGCUGAUCAAGCUGUGGGAUUGGGACAGGAAGUGGGUGUGUGGUCAGGUGUUCGAAGGCCACACCCACUACGUCAUGCAGAUCGUCAUCAACCCCAAAGACAACAACCAGUUUGCCAGCGCCUCUCUGGACAGGACCAUUAAGGUGUGGCAGCUGGGGUCCAACACACCUAACUUCACCCUGGAGGGUCAUGAGAAGGGGGUGAACUGCAUCGACUACUACAGCGGAGGAGACAAGCCCUACCUGAUAUCUGGGGCGGAUGACCGCCUUGUUAAGAUCUGGGACUACCAGAACAAGACAUGUGUGCAGACUCUGGAAGGCCAUGCUCAGAAUGUGUCCUGUGUUAGUUUCCACCCUGAACUGCCAAUCAUCCUCACAGGCUCCGAGGACGGCACCGUGCGAGUCUGGCACUCCAGCACAUACCGCCUAGAGAACACGCUUAACUACGGCAUGGAGCGUGUGUGGUGUGUGUGUGGCCAGCGCGGCUCCAACAGCGUGGCUCUGGGUUACGACGAAGGAAGCAUCCUCAUCAAGUUGGGCCGUGAGGAGCCGGCCAUGUCCAUGGACGCCAGUGGGAAGAUCAUGUGGGCGCGCCACUCGGAGGUGCAGCAGGCCAACCUGAAGGCCCUGGGAGAGGCUGAGAUCCGGGACGGAGAGCGCCUCCCCCUGGCCGUCAAGGACAUGGGCAGCUGUGAGAUCUACCCCCAGACCAUCCAGCACAACCCCAACGGCAGGUUCGUGGUGGUGUGUGGAGACGGAGAGUACAUCAUCUACACCGCCGUGGCCCUCAGGAACAAGAGCUUCGGCUCAGCCCAGGAGUUUGUCUGGGCCCACGACUCUUCUGAGUAUGCCAUUAGAGAAAGCAACAGUAUGAUUAAAAUCUUCAAGAACUUUAAGGAAAAGAAAGGGUUUAAACCAGACUUUGGUGCUGAAGGUAUCCACGGUGGUUUCCUGUUGGGUGUGAGGUCCACCAGUGGUCUGGCGUUCUAUGACUGGGAAAACGCAGAGCUGGUCCGGCGCAUUGAGAUCCAGCCCAAACAUAUCUUUUGGUCAGACUCGGGCGAGCUGGUGUGCAUCGCGACGGAGGAGUCCUUCUUCGUGCUGCGCUACCUGUCUGAGAAGGUGGCCGUCGCCCAGGAGACGAAGGAGGGGGUGACGGAGGACGGGAUCGAGGAUGCCUUCGAGGUGCUUGGGGAGAUCCAGGAGGUGGUGAAGACGGGGAUCUGGGUGGGAGACUGCUUCAUCUACACCAGCUCCGUCAACAGACUCAACUACUACGUGGGGGGGGAGAUCGUCACCAUAGCCCACCUGGACAGAACCACGUACCUGCUGGGCUACAUCCCCAAGGACGACCGCCUGUACCUGGGAGACAAGGAGCUCAACAUCGUCAGCUUCUCCCUGCUGGUGUCGGUGCUGGAGUACCAGACGGCCGUCAUGCGGAGAGACUUCAGCAUGGCCGACAGGGUGCUGCCCACCAUCCCCAAGGAGCAGCGCACCCGGGUCGCCCACUUCCUGGAAAAGCAGGGUUUCAGGCAGCAGGCCCUGGGCGUGUCCACAGACCCCGAGCACAGGUUCGAGCUGGCUCUGCAACUGGGGGAGCUGAAGAUAGCCUACCAGCUGGCCGUAGAGGCAGAGUCCGAGCAGAAGUGGAAGCAGCUAGCUGAGCUCGCCACCACCAAGUGCCAGUUUGGCUUGGCCCAGGAGUGCCUGCACCAUGCCCAGGACUACGGAGGUCUUCUCCUGCUGGCCACAGCCUCCGGGAACGCCAGCAUGGUGGGCAAACUGGCGGAGGGAGCGGAGCGCGAUGGCAAGACCAACGUGGCGUUCCUCACCUAUUUCCUGCAGGGGAAGUUGGAGAAAUGUCUGGACAUUCUCAUCAAAACCAACCGUCUGCCCGAGGCUGCGUUCCUGGCUAGGACCCACCUGCCCAGUCACGUGUCCAGAGUGGUGAAGCUGUGGAAGGACAGCCUGUCGAAGGUGAACCAGAAGGCAGCCGACGCGCUGGCAGACCCCACCGAGUACGGGAACCUGUUCCCUGGCCUCCAGCAGGCCCUGCUGGCCGAGACCUACCUGAGGGAGACCCACGUCUGUCUGCGGCCUGCCGCCGAGUACCCCCGGAUCACGCCCAGCGAGGAUCGGAGUGUCCUUGAGGAAUCUUCUGGCUACGUGCCAACAGGAGGGCCGUCUGCAGAGAAGGUGCCUGAGUUCAUGGAAGAACCCCCCGUAGUGGCAGAAGUGGUAGCAGCUGCAGCUCCAGAAGCCCCUGUUCUGGAAGAGGCCAUUACGAUGGAAGAGGAGGAACCUGUCGUGGCUGCAGUGGACAAGUCCGUUGCCAUGGAGGACGUGAAGUCCAUCACAGCAGCUGUGGAAGAGUCUAUUGCCAUGUCCGCUGAAGAAACACCUGUCACAGAAGUGGAACAGCCCAUCAUGGCAGAAGAGGAGGCCCCCAUUUCUGUUGAAGUGGUUGCGUCCGAGCCAGAAGUGACAGCAGAUGUGGAAGAUACCAUUGCAAAGCAAGAGGAGGUUCCAGUCACUGCAGAGGGAGACUUACUGGGAGAUAUCAUUACAGACACACCCCCAACUAUACCAGAUAUGGUACAAAGCCUAGAACAGGACGUCAUGGUAACAGAGGAGGCUGCUGAGGAUGGAGCUUCAACGGCUGAAGUCAUAGCAACAGAUCCAGCACCUGUAGCUGAUGCUUUCUCGGCAACAGAGGAAGAUCACGAUAAAGAGACAGUAACUCCUGUUUAUGAGGCAACAUUACAGGUCAUGGCAACAGAGGAAGCACCGGUGACAGAUUCAGUCAUACCAGAAGCCAUAGCAACCGAAAAAGCACCAGAGGCUGUUGUGAUAGAGACGGUGGUAGCAACAGAAGCCAAUCCGGUUGCUGAACUUCUAUCAGAGUCCAUAGCAACAGAAGAAGUGUCUGUAACAGAGGAGGUCAUAACAGAAGCCAUAGCAACAGAAGCAACACCUGUUACCGAGGUGGCACCAGAACCCCUAGCAAAUGAGCCAACACCUGAGAUGGUUACCAUAGAUACAAUGGCAGUGUCCGAAAAAGUUGUUACACAGGUACUUCCAGAACCAAUCGUACCGGCUUAUCCAGUAGAGGACCUCAUUACAGUGGAAGAACCAAUGUCAGUCCCGGCACCACUUCUAGACCCUUUCCCAUCUAUGGCCCCAGUACUGGAGCCCUUCUCAUCCCUAGCCCCUGCCCCAAACCCAGCUACAGCCCCAGCACUUGACUUAUUCUCAGACCUAGCCCCUGCCCCAAACCCAGCUACAGCCCCAGCACUUGACUUAUUCUCAGACCUAGCCCCUGCCCCAAACCCAGCUACAGCCCCAGCACUUGACUUAUUCUCAGACCUAGCCCCUGCCCCAAACCCAGCUACAGCCCCAGCACUUGACUUAUUCUCAGACCUAGACCCGUUCUCAUCUAUAGCUUCAGUGGCAGCCCCAGCCUCACCACCACCCCCAGGGGAGACAGAGUCCAUCCUCACCCCCAUCCAGUCCAUGCUUGCCCCCUCUCUGCUUGUCCCGGAGCCCGUGGUCCAAGUAAUGGCCCCCACAGAGGAGAAGCCUGUGGAGGAGGCAGCCCCUGGGGCAGCAGUAGACCUGGACCUGGACAUGAAUGACGAGGGUCUGGACGAUCUAGACCUGGACAACUUUGACCUGGAUGAUGACAUUGACACCUCAGACGUCAACCUGGACGAUGACUUCAUGGAUGACUGAUGACUUCCUACAACAGAAAUUCCACUGAAUGUGACCAAAGAACAUACAGCAUUUCUCUCACUCAAUACAAGGGUGGUGUUUUCUAUACAACGGUGAUAUGGAGAGGGGGCAACUUGAAUUGUUUUUUUACAGUAUUGGAUUUCACAGGUUUAAAAAAAAUCUCAUAUCUCUUUAUAGUGAAUCAGGUACUGUACACUUGCAAUAGACAGUAUGUGAACACGUGGCCUUUUCAAGACGGAAAAGCAAUAGUUUACCACAUCUAUACCUCCUUUAGAGCUAACUGGGGACUCUUUCAAAAUGCAGUCUAUUUAGAAUGCUGCAAAAGAGUCAGCAGAGCUGACGAGCGACACUACACUUUAAUGCAUGUGUUUCUUCCUAAUAUACUGCCUCUUAGAAUGGGUCCAUCUGUCUUGUCCUAAAUCGUGUUGUCAUGGCAACAUUCAGUACCUCAUGUUUUAGUGUUGCAGACCUCUGUUAUCGUGCCUUUUUAAUCUAGACAUCUUUUUAUAGGGAAAUUGUUUGUUAUAGAUGUGCAUCCAAGUGCCUUAUAUAUGUUUUUGUUAGAUUGCCUUAAUUUGGCAAGUGUGUCUGGAUUAGUAAAGGGAAUUAAAAGUUUCAUCUUCUCAUUGACGAUAUCUGAUGUUGAGUUCCGAGAAUGAUUUAAUAGUGGACAAGGUGUAUAGAAAGAAUCAUUUUUAUUUUGUAUGUACAUAAAUCAUGAGUUUGAAUGUUAACUUUCAGUACAGAUAAAGUAUCCAGUCAGCUGUCA